GCCCAAGACCAAGGCGCAGCAGGUGAAGGGUGCAGUCCCGGAGAAGACGGCCGCUCCGGUGAAGAAUACUUCGCCCGUGAAGAACGCUGCUCCAGUGAAGAACGCCGCACCAGUGAAGAAUGUGUCCCCCGUGAAGAACGCGUCGCCUGUCAAGAAUGUGUCUCCCGCGGCCGGCCCGAUACCAGGCACUAUCGCACAGAGCCGAUCGGGUGCGAUCGUGAGCAGCGCUACACCCACUGCCGCCGUGCGCACCGGUCGCGCUGGCAACUCCCGCGGCCGUGCCAUGUAGAGAUGGGGGUGCUGGGCUGCGACUUACAAAAUGAGCUACCAUCGACGUCGUAUGUGCUCGUGUUGCCACUCUCCGCUUGAUUGCAGGGGGGGCGCACGUAGCAUUUAUUUGACCGUAAAGCUAAUAUAAAAACUAAUAAUGUUGAUGGACACACCAGUCUACGAAUGCAUUCGUAUCCGUCUGUUCACCUGCGGCCGCCGCGUUUCCGAGUGCAGCGCUAGCUUUGCUUCCAAUUGUACGGAUACAAUCAACACUUUUUAGCUAUGCUUGUCUGCUUUUGCGCGCUGUGUGAGGACGCAUAUCGAUCAUCGGAACUCUGCCAACUGAAAAGAUCGAUCCGUUGACUUGCGCGUGUUAUCGUAUCCAAUAUUCACAAGCGGCGCAGGCCCGUAGUUGGAUGUGCUCGGUUGGUCUUUCCGCUGCCAGUACCCACAUCACUUGAUUGGGGCCUCAAGUUGAAGUUGCCUACAAUUGCUACAAGUUGAAGUUUAGUAGCUGUUUUGUUAUUUUGGGCUGGUCCCCAACACAAACGCUCGCGACAAGGCACUACAGACACUCGUUAGCAGAGGAUCCGAUCUAAUCGCCAUCCCACGAUCGAGAUCCCGAGUUUCACACACCCCAACUUAGAUGGUGACUACGUCAGGCUGAAGCCGAAAAUAGUGCGGCGUUGUGCUUCCUACUUGGUCGCCCUCGCACGGCUUCGCUUCGCCACCUUAGUCGAAUCCCUCCAGCGUAGGUGAGAAGCACGUCACCGCUCUUGUCGGCUCGGCUCGGCUCGGCCCGGCCCGGCCCGGCCAGCUCGUGAAACUCACGCACGCUCCAAUGCGGUUUGGGUCCGAGCUUUGAGCUCGAGUCCUCUCGCGUCGAGCUCAGCUGUACUCGAGCACGUUCACUUUGCAAUCGACUACCAAGCCAACAAGCGACACAACCAAGCUUUCGAGAGCCUCCGCGCUCCCUGGGCACCCCGAGAAUGACGAACGCUUCAUCGCGACAGAAGGCCAACAACGGCAAGAACAGCGCCAAGAACGCCCCGGCCGCCGCCGCCGCCGCUCCUGCUAACGCGCAGGUGAAGCCAGUCAGCGCCAAGGCCACGGCUGCGGCGACGCAGGCACCCAAGGCCGCGGUCACCGUCGCUGCAGCCCCGACGCGCGAGGUGGCAUCGGCCGGCAAGAAGCCGAACGCCAACAAGAACGACAACGGCGCCAAGAACGCGACGCCGUUCGCGCUGACCGACAUCACUGCCAGCAGUGUGCAGCGCGCGCGCCAGAUCCGCAAGACGGACUUCGAGCGGUUCCAGAAGUUCCACAACUUCUUCGUCGCCAACGACGAGGCCGCGGCGCGCGCCAUCAACGCCAAGGCCAACGCCAAGCGCGAGCAGGUGGACCAGUGGGUGCGCGGCGCCGUGAACCCCAAGGCGCUCACGUGCAUCCAGGAGAUCCAGGAGACCCAGCAGGCGCUGCUCGUGCUGCUCAUCGUGUCGGCCGCGCUCACCAAGUACGGCGAGAAGGAGCUGGGCCGGCGCGACAGCCUCGGCGAGAUGGACAACGUGAUUGGCGCGCGUUUCGGCACGAGCGGCCUGCGUUCCAAGCAGCACGUGCCGCAGGUGGUGGGCAUGAGCUUCGUGCUGCGGCUGGUGCUGGGCCUCGCGCCGGAGAAGCGCGCGGCGUGCCAGCUGCUGCGUGAGAUCCUGAACUACGACGGCCACGCGCGCCUCGUGCUGACGCCCACGACCAAGGGCCUGCAGCCCGCGUUUGGCGCGGCGGCCGCCGACGCGGACGGCUGGGCCACCAUGAACCAGAACCUGCUGAGGCAGAUGGCCAGGCAGGUGCAGUCGGACCGGUUCCAGGAGGCCAUGCAGCAGCUCGGCGGCCAGCACCUGUACGACGCGAUCCGCACGCAGCUCAAGCAGGCCGGCGGCGCGGCGGUGUGGGAGGCCGGCAAGGACCGGCCUGCGCUGCAGGCGAACAACGUCCGUCCUCGCUCAAACUCGGCCGAAAAAGCCGUGAAGCCGCAGCAGAAGCAGAAGCAGGCGCCUCAGCCUGCGAAGAAGAACGCUGGCGGCAAGGCCCAGAUCCAGGCUGUGAAGAAGCACCUGCCCGUGGAGGUCGAGAAGUGGGCGCACGUUCCGCCCCCGGCGCCGGUGGCCGUGAAGGCGGCUGCCAACAACGUCCAGAUCAAGAAGGACGCGGCGGCGCCCAAGACCAACGCGCAGCAGGUGAAGGGUGCAGUCCCGGAGAAGACGGCCGCUCCGGUGAAGAAUACUUCGCCCGUGAAGAACGCUGCUCCAGUGAAGAACGCCGCACCAGUGAAGAAUGUGUCCCCCGUGAAGAACGCGUCGCCUGUCAAGAAUGUGUCUCCCGCGGCCGGCCCGAUACCAGGCACUAUCGCACAGAGCCGAUCGGGUGCGAUCGUGAGCAGCGCUACACCCACUGCCGCCGUGCGCACCGGUCGCGCUGGCAACUCCCGCGGUCGUGCCAUGUAGAGAUGGGGGUGCUGGGCUGCGACUUACAAAAUGAGCUACCAUCGACGUCGUAUGUGCUCGUGUUGCCACUCUCCGCUUGAUUGCAGGGGGGGGCGCACGUAGCAUUUAUUUGACCGUAAAGCUAAUAUAAAAACUAAUAAUGUUGAUGGACACACCAGUCUACGAAUGCAUUCGUAUCCGUCUGUUCACCUGCGGCCGCCGCGUUUCCGAGUGCAGCGCUAGCUUUGCUUCCAAUUGUACGGAUACAAUCAACACUUUUUAGCUAUGCUUGUCUGCUUUUGCGCGCUGUGUGAGGACGCAUAUCGAUCAUCGGAACUCUGCCAACUGAAAAGAUCGAUCCGUUGACUUGCGCGUGUUAUCGUAUCCAAUAUUCACAAGCGGCGCAGGCCCGUAGUUGGAUGUGCUCGGUUGGUCUUUCCGCUGCCAGUACCCACAUCACUUGAUUGGAGCCUCAAGUUGAAGUUGCCUACAAUAGCUACAAGUUGAAGUUUACUAGCUGUUUUGUUAUUUUGGGCUCACGACUCGUGAGUCACGACAAGGGCACUACGUAUGUGGGGAUCCGGGAUUGAGCACUUGGGCAAUUCGGUUAUCACUACGUAGUUCACGGGGUUGUGUCGUGGUAGAAGUCGAAGGUUCUGGACCCACUGAUUCGUUUGUAGAGUGUCUACUCGGUGCGAACUGCACGCUACCAACGAAUUCAGCACUACUUUGCUAGUUAAAACUAAAACAAGGUGGGCAGUUGCUGUUUUUUCUUCCGAUAUUUGGGAAAACUGUACCGUGCGCCUUGGUUAAGUGGGCAGUACCGCAUCACGCCGGGAGAACGAUGAGACACAAAGUGGGCUCAAUACACUGUACUGUAAAAGCCUCCGCGAAUUAAGGUGUUGUCUCCAGCAAGAUUAAUGCCAAUGCGUGCCACCAGUGCAUAGAGAGAUAGCAGCCACCGCGUUUGGUGCCGGUGUUGAAAUCGUCUUGGUCGCGCUGCCCAAUGAUUGUGCCACCAUGAAAAGGUCGACCCGAUGUCAUGUGCCUAAACUUCAGUCAGGAGAUCCGUAGAGUAGCGGCAUCCACUGCGAGUAGCGAGAGCCUCUCACCGAGAGGAGAGGAAAGGAUCACUGCGUCAUUGCUCGCAUCCAUACGAAUCGUCCAGCAAAGGUGGCCACUUCACUCAAAGUGGACGAUUGGCGGUACGUACUGAAUACCGUCCUCUGAUUGGUCAAUACGUGAUCCCAAUCAAGUCAGCGAAGAUAUGUCGGGAUCCGCAAUGCCGGAUACGGAGCUGGAGGUCCGUUAGUCCAGUGUCGGCAUUAGUGAUGGUUCUGAAUUGGACGAGUAAAGAACGUCCAAAACGUCUAAAACGUUCUAAACACUUUAGAAGUGUCCAAAAUGUCCAAAAGUGUCUAAAAGUCAGUACCUCGAACUUGAUGUGCGAUCUUCCCUCUUCCCUCCCUCUGUAAAUCUCCCUCACUGCAAGACAUUCCCCUCCAUGAACACCUUGCCACCCGACGGCGCUCCUGAAACUGCAUCUUGCCUGCGAACCUGCCGAACG